UACUCUCAUCAACUGCUUUUGUCACUUGAAUCGUGUCGAUUUUGCCUUUUCAUUAUUGGCUGCAAUCAUCAAGCACGGUUUUGUCCCUGACGUGUUUACUUAUAACACUCUAAUCAGGGGCCUUAUUUCCCGAAUAUGCCUCAUGAGGCUCAGCUUUUGUUCCAGAACCUCAUCAGAUUUCAACCCGAUGUUGUUACCUAUACAACUAUCAUUGACGGCAUCUGCAAGAGAGGGAAUCCUUCUGUGGCUGUUAAGUUGUUCAAAAAUAUGGAGAAGAAAGGUUGCAAGCCUGAUACCGUAACUUACACCACACUUAUUGAUUGUUUAUGUAAAUAUAGGUUAGUUGAUCAAGCAUUGGGUCUUCUCCACCAAAUGACAAGGAAAGACAUAUCUCCAAAUGUUAUAACCUACAACUCAUUAAUUCAAGGUCUGUGUGACAUUAAUCGAUGGCCUGAUGUCAAACAAUUGCUCAAGGAGAUGGAUGUUAGGAACAUUUCUCGAGAUGUUUUUACUUACAAUAUAUUGGUUGAUGCGUAUGGCAAAGAAGGAAUGAUUAAAGAUGCAGAGGAUGUGAUAGAGUUGAUGAUUCAAAGAGGCCAUUAUCCUGAUGUAGUCACUUACAAUUCACUAAUGGAUGGAUACUGCUUGAGGGGAGAGGUUGAUAAAGCUUUAGCAGUGUUCGAAAGCAUGGCGAGAAAGGGAAUACUGCCUAAUGCUCUUAGCUAUAAUAUUCUGAUCAACGGUUAUUGUAAAAAGCUGAAAGUGGACAGAGCAAUAGCUCUUUUUCAACAGAUGCCCUCUAAAGGUUUAGCCCCAACUAUUGAGACUUACAGUACUAUACUGCAAGGUUUUUUUCAUGUGGGCAGACAUGUUGAAGCACGUAAAUUUUUUAAGGAAAAGAUGAUUAACCAAGGCGUUGAAUUAGAUAAAGUGACAUGCAGUAUCUUGUUGCAUGGUCUUUGCCAGAAUAGUUAUGUUGUUGAAGCACUAUCAUUUUUUCAAAUACUGGAAUCGAGGGGGUUAGUUCCUGAUAUACAUGUUUACAAUAUUCUGAUUGAUGGACUGAGCAAAAAUGGACAUCUAGAGAAUGCAAGAAGCCUUUUUGACAACCUUCCUUUGAAAGGUUUGCGACCUGAUGUCAAAACAUACACAAUGAUGAUCCAAGCAUAUUGUCAUGAAGGGUUAUUGGAUGAAGCAAAUGAACUAUUCAGGGAAAUGGAAGGAAAUGAUUGCUUGCCUGAUGAUGUCACAUACAACAUGCUUAUCCGUGGUUGUUUACAGAAUAAGAAUUACUGUGAAGCUGGUGUACUCUUAGAUGAAAUGCUUGGUCGCGGCUUUGCAGCAGAUGCAUCUUCUGCAUCUGUUUUACUGGAUUUACUUGAUGUGCAAGAACAGGAUCCUGCUCUGCUUGCUUUCUGCAAGAAGUACUUUCCAGUGGCAACACAGUGGAUACAAUUGUAUACAUCCCUACAGCGGUAUUCAGCUCGUAACUUUGUGGAUAUUAGAGAUAUGAUGAUGAAAUUUUUGAUAUCAAAUUCUCGAUUCCUACUACAUUCUGCAGAUUCAUCUCAUACUUGUUGUCUUGCAUCCUUUUUUGUUAUUGCAGUUUCUCACUUCUCCACUAAACCUAACCCUAAUAUUUCCUUUAAACCCAAACCCAAUUUCCCUUAUUCCUCUAAUCCAGCUCAUGCUCGACUUCAACAUUUACUCCUUGAGAAAUCUAAGGUUGGUUUCGAUAAACUCGAUGAUGCUCUUCAACUGUUUGAUAAAAUGCUCCUUAUGAAACCUCUGCUUCCUGUUAUCAACUUCACUCAACUCUUAACAGCUCUUGUUAAGAUGAAACACUACUCGGUAGCUGUCUCCCUUUUUAGAAAGAUGCGGGUAGAAAGCAUCCCUGUUAAUGUCAUUACCUUUAAUACUCUCAUUAACUGCUUUUGUCACUUGAAUCGUGUCGAUUUUGCCUUUUCACUAUUGGCUGGAAUCAUCAAGCACGGUUUUGUCCCUGAUGUGGUUACUUAUAACACUCUCAUCAGGGGCCUUAUUUCCCAAGAUAUGCUUCAAGAGGCUCAGCUUUUGUUCCAGAACCUCAUCAGAUUUCAACUUAUUCAACCCGAUGUUGUUACCUAUACAAUUAUCAUUGACGGCAUCUGCAAGAGAGGGAAUCCUUCUGUGGCUGUCAAGUUGUUUAAAAAUAUGGACAAGAAAGGUUGCAGGCCUAAUACUGUAACUUACAACACAAUUAUUGACUGUUUGUGUAAGCAUAGAUUAGUUGAUCAAGCAUUGGGUCUUCUCCACCAAAUGACAAGGAAAGGCAUAUCCCCAGAUGUUAUAACCUACAGCUCGUUAAUUCAAGGACUGUGUGACAUUAAUCGUUGGCAUGAUGUCAAACUAUUGCUCAAGGAGAUGGAUGUUAGGAACAUUUCUCAAAAUCUUUUUACUUACAGUAUAUUGGUUGAUGCGUAUUGCAAAGAAGGAAUGAUUGAAGAUGCAGAGGAUGUGAUAGAGUUGAUGAUUCAAAGAGGCCGUUAUCCUGAUGUAGUCACUUACAGCUCACUCAUGGAUGGAUACUGCUUGCGAGGAGAGGUUGAUAAAGCAUUAGCAGUGUUUGAAAGCAUGAAGAGAAAGGGAAUAUUGCCUAAUACUUUUAGCUAUAAUAUUCUGAUCAACGGUUAUUGUAAAAAGCUGAAAGUGGACAGAGCAGUAGAUCUUUUCCAACAAAUGCCCUCUGAAGGUUUAACCCCAACUAUUGAGACUUAUAGUACUAUACUGCAAGGUUUUUUUCAUGUGGGCAGGCAUGUUGAAGCACGUAAGUUUUUUAUGGAAAAGAUGAUUAACCAAGAUGUUGAGUUAAAUAAUGUGACAUGUCGUAUCUUGUUGCAUGGUCUUUGCCAGAAUUGUUAUGUAUUUGAAGCACUAUCGUUUUUUCAAAUACUAGAGUCCAGUGGGUUAGUUGCUGAUAUACAGGUUUACACUAUUCUGAUUGAUGGACUAAGCAAAAAUGGACAUCUAGAGAAUGCAAGAAGCCUUUUUGACAACCUUCCUGCGAAAGGUUUGCGACCUAAUGUCAAGACAUACACAGUGAUGAUCCAAGCAUAUUGUCAUGAAGGGUUAUUGGAUGAAGCAAAUGAACUAUUCAGGGAAAUGGAAGCUCAUGAUUGCUUGCCUAAUGAUGUCACAUACAACAUGUUUAUCCGCGGUUGUUUACAUAAUAAGAAUUACUAUGAAGCAGGUGUACUCAUGGAUGAAAUGUUUGGUCGCGGCUUUGCAGCAGAUGCAUCUACUGCAUCUGUUUUACUGGAUUUACUUGAUGUGCAAGAACAGGAUCCUGCUCUCCUUGCUUUGUGCAAGAAGUACUCGCCGUAGGUGUAAUGAAGGAGAGAGUUCUCAGGUACAUAAUCUUUUCGAUUUUGCCAGCAUUUUUGAAGGUUUCAAAGCAACUAUUGAGAGUUACAGUACUAUAUUGCAAUGUUAUUUUCUUACAAGCAGUAUGUGUAGAGGGAUUACUCCAUGAGGCGUAUGAAUUGUUGGUGGACUUUUAAUGGUUGUUUGUCGACUGAUGUUACCUAUGACACACUUAUUGUGUCUGUUUUUACAAUAAGAAGUAUGCUGAAGCCGUGUCCUAUGAGAUGCGUGCUUGGGGCUUCUCAGCUACUGCAUCUACAUUCUACCGCCUCCUUGUUACCGGACCUACUUGAAUCACAAGAACAGGAUCCUGCUCUUCUUGCUUUGCAUAAGAAGUAUCUGCCAUAGGUCAAGCAAAGUGAGGAUUGCUUAGGUACAUAAUCUUCAAUUUUCCAACAUUUUAAUUUCAAGGGUCUGCAACCCUAGCAGCACUCAUUUCAAAUGCAUCGUUGUUAAAUUUGCAGUUCUUCUCUGAUUGAUCACAAAUGAUUGGGUGUUAUUUUGAUAUAAUUUUGUUGAAUUUAAAGUUAAGAAUGGAGCUCCUCUGCACUA